UCCAUCAAGAUCAAGAUCGAAAAAAUCUUAUCAACAACAACAAUAAACACGUGUCAGAACUGUUUCUUGCUAAACAAAACCAGUACUGGUUACAAAAUCUCCAUCAAGAACAAGAACACCAGUUCUGGAACUUCUUGAAAUUUGCCUGCUGCCAUAAGAGACCACAGAAUAAACCCUAUACCAAUUAUGGCUGGCAGUAGUAUCCUUACCAACCAUUCACUGGAGUGGGUGCAAGAGAAAGGCUGGUGUUCUCCUGUUACUGUGGACACACUUACAGCUUUGGGCUACAAACACCUCACAGCAGUUCAGCUGCUUGCCCUCCCGCAACUCUUGACCAAGGCCAACACCUACAUUCAUGCUCGCACUGGCUCGGGAAAGACACUUGCCUUCUUAAUACCUGCACUGGAACGAUUAAAAGCUAUGGGAUUCAAGAAUAAACAUGGAGUUGGAGCACUAAUAAUAUCUCCUACAAGGGAGCUGGCUGUACAGAUUGCUACUGUUCUUAAACCACUGGCUGAAGCAUUUGGGUUCUCAAGCAUUACAAUUACUGGAGGCACCAAGGCUAAGAGCAUAUGCACCAAAAAAGGGUGCAUGUUUGUUAUUGGAACUCCUGGCAGAUUGGCUGAAACUUUGUUAGACGAAGACAUCCCUUGUUUAAAAGUUUGCAACUUGAAAAUUUUAAUCUUGGAUGAAGCUGAUCGACUCUUGGAUGAUGGUUCACAUACUCAGCAGCUGAGAAGAAUAAUCUCUGUCCUACCAAAAGGCACUGUAAAAUUUUAUCAUUUAUUUUGUUGUGUAGAAAAAAAAUAUCAUUCAGUAGUUGAAGCUAAUUGGUUACUGUGUACAAAACAAGAUGAUAAAGUGACCAUAGCUGUCGAACAUAAUUUUAUUGUUGCUUAUAGUUUUUUUUAUAUUUCUCUAACAGAACAGGUUCAGAAGGUUCUUGUGAGUGCAACAUUAAACUCAAAGUGUCAAGAAUUGUCAAAGGAGAUCUUCAUGGCCGACUUUUCAUUCAUCACAGCUGAACAGCAUGGUGCCUUCACUACAUCACAAAUAAAGCAAAAGUAUCUCUCUGUGCCAGCAAGAGAAAGAAUGUCUAUGCUGAUAACAGUACUACAAACAUUGCAAAAGAAAAAAGUUAUAGUUUUUUUCAAUUCCUGUCACUCUGUGAAGUUCCACUACAAAGUUUUACAAGAAUUCAAACUUCCCAUAUUCUACUGCAUGGGUCAAGAAAAACAAGCUCGACGCAGCAGCAUGUACUCCAAGUUUUUGGAGAUGAAACGAGGAACACUUCUCACAACAGGCCUGGCAGAGCGUGGUUGGGACAUCCCUUGUGUACACUGGAUAAUUCAAUAUGAUCCACCUCAUAAGCCAGAGGACUAUAUCCAUCGUGUUGGUCGUACCAGUCGGGGGGAAGGACGUACAGGUCAAGCCCUCCUUUUCUUGCGGCCUGAAGAAUGCAAGUUUCUUGAUGUUCUGAGAGGCAUGCAUGUGAAAAUUGAUGAAAUAGAAUUCAGUGGAGAUCUGAAUGAUAUUCAGGACAAAGUGCACUCACUUAUUGCAGACAACGUCGAAAUUCAGCAAAUGGGAAAGCUUGCAUAUAAAAAAUUUGUGAGAGCCUAUCAGUGUCAUAAGCUGAAGAAGAUAUUCAAUAUUCAGGAAUUAGAUCUUGAAGAAGUGUGCAAUUCUUUUGGAUUCUUUAAGCCACCACUAGAGCUAGGCAAUUUAACCUAGCUGAAUGCACUGAGCACAUAUAGGUCCAUUGAACUUUGCAGCUAGUUGAAGCUUUGGUCACUUCAGUCACCUGAAGAGAAAGGAUGAGAUGAGAUGAAGUGAAAACAAUAUAAUAGAAUAGGGUAGAUAAUGAGGAUGUAAGAGAACAAUACUCUGUGGAACCCAAGGUUGAUGUUUGAGAUAGAGAGAUGUAUGAAGAGUAGCAAAUAAACUGGUCAUAACCAGACAAGGUGAAGGUUUGAAAUUAUUAUUGUAUUUUUUUAUAGGAGUGCAACUUCACAGCUUUGUGUCAAGGUAUGUAGCAGCCAUCACAUAUGGAGAUAAGAAAGUGGAAAGACUGUGUGUGUUUGGGUUAAGGGAAACUGAAACACCAGAAAUGUAUACAAAUGAAGAGAAAAAUUACAGUGAUAGUUCAAAGCCAACCAAAAACAUUCAGGAUUGUGAUUGUCUUGGCUUAACUGAUAACAUGUUUGGUUUACAUGUUUAUCAUGAGUCUCUUGUCAAAGGCUCAGUCCCCAAUGACAUUACAGUAUCAUAGUCAAUUUAUGCCCCAUUCUGAUCAAUUUCUUGGUAUUUUUGACAUUGUAAAGCAGGGCAUGAUAUUAAUUCCUAAUAAAAGAUUCUCAACUGUUGUAAGAAGAUCACUAGCACUUCUUAGAAUUAAUUUAUUGAUACAGUGCAUUAAGAUAUGGGCUUCUUAGACAUAUUUGCUUUAAUUAGAGGAAAAAUGUUAAAUAUUAUGUCUAUCAGAGAGUUUUUUGAAGGUUGCGUAUGAUACAGCAUAGAAAAAAAAAAUGUUACCUUAUGUAUGAGAUGUAUUUCAAAGCAUUCUCGAUCCAGAAACCCCAAACCAGUAAAAUAUAAUUAUAGAGUUGCAUCAUUUAAUAUCUAGACGAACCGUGACAGAUUUUUACCAGAUGCACAUUUUUUUUUUUUCAAAACUGCAGCUAGUAAAUAUUCAAAAUAAAAACAAUUUGUUUUGAACACUCACUUAUUCACCUCACUGCUUAUCAGUCUCAGUGGAACCGUAUUCUCAGAUAUUUUCACGUCUAAUGUAUUAUUUUACUAAAGGAUAAGUUAAAUGCAGAGCUUUUAAAAUCCCAUUGGUUCUGGGAGCCAGUGUCAAGAGUUCAGCAGAGACCCUCCGAAUUAUAUUCCAAUGUAAUAAUGCAUUUUCGAAAUUGGUGGACAUGAAAGCAAAGAAAAGCAGGCUUGAAAGCGGGAGCCUUUGCCAAGACAAAGCUACUACGCAUCUUUUAUGUAGCCUCGUAAAGGCAAGAAAACUCGUGUCAAAAGGUCUCGUUCUUAGCACGUAGAAUAUUCGCUUGAAUUUUGAAGUUUGCCAUUGUUGUCUUAAAAAUUAUAGACAUCAUAAGAUAAAAAAUACAUCAAAAUACGAACCCAGGAUUAUAUUAUACAAUAUUCUACUACUUUUACUACUGCGAUGGCAAGGAGCCAUGCCGAGUGUGACAUUUUUAUUUAUUUAUUUAUUAAUUUUUUCUUUUUUUUUCAUGUACAUACUUUCUGAGAGGACAUCUUACGCUACAAUAUCUUCGCCUCGAUUAUUUAAUAAGAUUCAGCGUUUCUGUUUUCUAUUCCCCUUACUAUGCAUUAAAAUAUCGAAACAUAA